CAUUUGUUGGCCCCAACCAGGUAGUUCAGUUGGUUAGAGCAUCGUCCUGAUAUGCCAAGGUUGUGGGUUUGAUUCCUGGUCAAGGCACCGACAAGACUCAACCAGUGGGGUGCAGGGCGGGGGGGCCCGAGGUGGAGCUGACCCGCGGCCGGGAAGACCCUGGCCGAACGGGGGGCCAACCACGAAGCCCUUCCCUGCUGCCGACUGUCAGCCGUCUGGAAGCCCUGAACUCCGUGCCCCCCAAGCCCUGGCCCCCCUGCGGGAAUGUUCAAAAAUGAGUAUCAGGGAGGUGCAUUUGUUGAAAUAUUUAGUGCUCAGGGAAAAAAUCCUGGAGCAAAGUGGAAGAUCCUUGGAAGUCCAUCUGUGAUUUGGAAAGAGUUUGAUAAAGAAGUGAAAAGUUUUGUGUUUGUCCUGGAAGGCAGCAGUCAGACAAACAAAAUUCAGUUACCAAAGGAGAAUAAGCAAAUCCUUGGACUGAUCCAGAGGUUUCUUGUACUUCAGAUUUACAUACCCCUGGGACAAGACUUCUCCACUGAAUUGCUAAUUACUGAUUUAGGGAAUAUCAAAAGAAGAUUGUACUUAUCAACAGUUCAUAAAGAACUGUCCUCAACCCCUCUCCAUGCAAAAAUUCCACUCUUCAUGAUCAAGCGCAAAAUUUGGUGCAACCUAUGCAUUGACUUGGUGGCAUUUACCAGUGAAAUAUUCAAGGGAGCAGUUUUCCAGUCAUUGGAUGGAAUUAUUGUCUCAGCUAACUGUAAGCUGCGGAAGAUCUUCACUUUAAAAUCCAAGCCUCAAGACACUGCUGAUAAAGAUGCUGGAUAUGGUGUACCUUUUCCAACAGAUGAGCCUACAGACAUUAUUCCACGGAGCUGCCAACUAACGACAGAUGUUCCACAAGUCACACAGCUGCUAAACAUGACCAAACUCCGCCAAACUAUAAUAAAACUCGGAGGUCAUCCUCUAAGCUCAGCAGAAUCAGAUCAGUUCCUUAACAGAGGAACAGGUAGUGUGCGGAACAGUAAAAAUCAAGAUGUUUGUCAUAUCGCCUUUGGAUCCAAAGUUCUUGGACCACCUCCACUCUCUGGCAGAAGAAAUAACAUGAGGAUAUCCAGUGAGACAAUAAGAUCCAUUGGGUCCAAAAAUAACCGAUCAUGCCAGCCGUCCACAGUGGAGAGGUGUGUUAACAAUGCAGAAAUGUCAGCUUUGCUGAUUUCUGAGUCUGAGGAGCAAGGAGAUAAAGAAAAUAUUCGCCAAAUAAAGCUGACUGUACCUGUUCGUGCCAAUCUGCAUAUUAUGCAUCCACAUCCCCCUCAAGAACCAUCAGCAGAUAAGAAUAAUAACAGGAGAAGAUUACGGUUAAAAAGCGCCAACAGAGAAAGGACAGAGACACCCAGCGGCAGUUCUUCAGGAAAUAGCAGGAAUGGAGAUAAAGCAGCUGCCCUCAUCACUGAGUCCCAGCAAGGAGCAGGGACGUUGAGCCCCAGCACUCCAGCUCCCCAGUCUCCUGAUGCAUCAGAUGAAUGGGUAUUUCCCAACAAUGAUGAUCACAUUCCCCAUUUGGAGUCCAGUAGACAAUCUCUUCUGGGUGAUGACUCCUGCCACACCUCACACCUGUGGCUGGAAACCAGCAAGGAGAGUGAGCAGGACCAGCAGGCAGAGGAGACCUGGAUUGUUCCAAAGGACGUUUUUACCUUUUCAUCAAGACCACGAUCAGCACCUCAUGGAAAGACUCAGAACAUGUCCCCAGAGGGGUGCCCAUUUAUUCUGGAUCUAACAGAGGAUACCAGUGUGACCCAAUUGGAGGAUGAUUUUUAUGGUGAAGACAGCAGCGAAGAGGGUAACUACAGUGUCCAGGAUUCUCCUAGUCCAACAACUAGUCCUUCAGGGUUAACUCAGUUAACAUUGGAGAGCAUGCUGGGGAAGGCUGCAAGGUGGACAAGUAAAGAAUAUCUAAAAAGUGCCUACACAGAAGCAGAAGCAUCAGAAAGCCAGAAUUUCUUGGUGCAGCAGAUAGAUAGAAACAACUUUCAACCGAGUUUGGUGCCUGUACCAUGCCUUUCUCCCCCUGGAAGAAGCAGUGAACUCUCUCAGAAUGCUCCAGAUCCCAUUAUCAAAGCAAAGGACCAAGUGCCAGCUUCAGUCACCAAAGCCUCCCUGAAGGAAAUCUCAGAGGAUAAGCUGAGACCGACUCCUGGAUUAGCAGAAUAUGACUGGAGGAACUACCAGCCCAGCCAGAUGAGUGAAUCUGAGUUGCAAAUGCUGGCAAGCCUACGGCAGCAGCAGAAUGAUGAUCUGGAGGACACGGGGGCUUCCCAUGGCCUGAGUGCGUCCCAGGUGGACAACUGUAACGUCAGCAUAAGUACCAGCAGUGACGACACCACCACCUGGAACUCCUGCCUGCCGCCUCCUGUCAACCAGGGUCGGCACUAUCAGAAAGAAAUGAAUCCACCUUCUCCUUCUAACCCCCGGGACUGGUUAAACAUGCUGAGCCCACCCAUCGUUCCUCCCAGUCGGCAGCCAGCAGAGCAGAAUCAGGAUUCUUCUGGAAGUUUGACUGCUCAAGGUGAAGAAGACCUGAGUGUGGAAGAGGACGAGGAAGUGCUGACUCUUCUGUAUGACCCAUGUCUGAACUGUUACUUUGAUCCCCAGACUGGGAAAUACUACGAGUUGGUGUAACCCCUCCUUCCAGGGCAAAGAAUGGCCACCCCCAGGCCGAGCAGGACAGCAGUUCUGACUCUGUGGCCACCACAAUGUGUGUGUCGGGCAGGCCCGCAGAAUCAGAAGUAACUGAGAGAAGUGAAUUUCUUUUGUAAAUAAUGUUCGAUGUUAAGAAUAACUACAUUCUUUUUGUAGAUGCGUGUGUGUUUUUGGAACUGUGAAGGAAUUAAUACACAGGCAAGAUUUUAGGGCUUUGAGUUGGUUCUUAUUUUUGGUUCUCAUUUACAUAUUUUUUUCAUAUAAUUUUAUGUAAAAAUUAAGAGUUAUUAAUUCACAUACUUUGCAGUGUUAAUCUGUAAAUGAUGGCUGGGUAUAUAGAAAAUGUAUUCUUCUUUAAACGAUAUCUGGGUACCUUUUAUUUUAUUACCUAUUUGUAUUAAAAAUAAAGUAUGAUGAUCAGAA